AUGCCGGCCCCGCCCUGCGCCUCCUGCCAGAAGGCCCGCGCCGCGCUCCGCCGCCCGCGCUCGGGCCGCGCGCUGUGCGGCGCCUGCUUCUGCGCCGCCUUCGAGGCCGAGGUGCUGCACACGGUGGAGGCGGGCCGCCUGCUGCCGCGCGGCGCCGUGGUGGCCGUGGGCGCGUCGGGCGGCAAGGACUCCACGGUGCUGGCGCACGUGCUGCGCGAGCUGGCCCCGCGCCUGGGCGUCGCGCUGCGCCUGGUGGCGGUGGACGAGGGCAUCGGCGGCUACCGCGACGCGGCGCUCGCGGCCGUGCGGCGCCAGGCGGCGCGCUGGGGGCUCCCGCUCACCGUGGUGGCCUACGCCGACCUCUUCGGGGGCUGGACGAUGGACGCCGUGGCCCGCAGCACCGCCGGCUCGGGCCGCAGCCGCGCCUGCUGCACCUUCUGCGGGGUGCUGCGGCGCCGGGCGCUGGAGGAAGGGGCGCGCCUCGUGGGAGCCACGCACAUCGUGACGGGCCACAACGCGGACGACAUGGCGGAGACGGUGCUCAUGAACUUCCUGCGCGGCGACGCGGGCCGGCUGGCGCGCGGCGGGGGCCUGGGCUCGCCGGGCGAGGGGGGCGCCCUGCCGCGCUGCCGCCCGCUGCAGCUGGCCUCGCAGAAGGAGGUGGUGCUGUACGCGCACUUCCGCCGCCUCGACUACUUCUCCGAGGAGUGCGCGUACGCGCCCGAGGCCUUCCGCGGCCACGCGCGCGACCUGCUCAAGCGGCUGGAGGCGGCGCGCCCGUCGGCCGUGCUGGACCUGGUGCACUCGGCCGAGCGCCUGGCGCUGGCCCCCGCCGCGCGGCCCCCGCCCCCCGGCGCCUGCUCCCGCUGCGGGGCGCUGGCCAGCCGCGCGCUCUGCCAGGCCUGCGCGCUCCUGGACGGCCUGAACCGCGGCCGGCCCCGCCUGGCCAUCGGCAAGGGCCGCCGGGGGCUGGACGAGGAGGCGCCGCGGGCCCGGGAGCCCGAGGGGGGCCCGGCCCCGGCCUCCUCCCAGGCCGUGCCCACCUUCUAG